CGCCGACCGGAGGUCCCACGUCGCCUCCGAAGACUGCUGAGCUGAUACGGAUUCCGGAUAGCUUCCAGGGGUCAGUGGAGAAUACUCUCCAACUCUAACUAUCUGACGCCCCAUCUGCAACUGAUCUCACGACACAGUCACACUGACCAUACUCCAACUUUCAGACUUAACCCAUCAAAGGCUCGAAGACAAGUCUAUUACACAAUGGCCUCGAAUUUCUAUCUUGAAGAUACGCCGGCAGAGGUGAAGAAUGCCAAGGGGCUGCACCUAAUUACUUCGAACACUCCUAAUGGAAAGAAAGUGCAGAUUAUGCUUGAGGAGCUAAAGGAGUUGUAUGGCACGGAGUACACUACGACAAUAAUCGACCUAAGUACCAACGAGCAGAAAAAGGACUGGUUCUUGAAACUUAACCCAAAUGGAAGGAUCCCAGUUCUUAUUGACAACACCCAAAAUCCGCCUUUCCCAGUAAUGGAGACUUCGGCAGAGCUGCUCUAUCUCUUCAAGGAAGAAGACAAGAAGGCUGCGUUCGGCUACACCGAUGAUUAUGGACGAAGCGAAUGCCUGCAAUGGCUUUUCUUCUGGCACGGCAGCGGUCAACCAAUUCAAGGGCAGUUGGGCUGGUUCUCAAGAAAUGCUAAGGACAAUGAGGUCGCUAUCAAUCGCUUCAAGAACGAAGUUCUUCGUAUCUAUGGUGUCCUUGAGCUCCACCUUUCGGGUAAGUAUACUGGCCAAGCUAAAGAAUAUCUUGCUGGUAAAGGCGCUGGCAAGUACUCUGUUGCAGACAUCUCGACUUGGCCUUGGUUAGAUAGCUGGCACAAGAUGGACCAGAUCACUCAGGAGGACAUGGACAAUUUCCCACACUUGCAGAAGUGGAUCGAACGUAUCGGACAGCGGCCUGCAGUGAAACGAGGCACGGAUCCUAAGACUUGGGCGAUAUGA